AUGACCCGAGGGAACAAAAGACAAACUAAGGUUAUUUACAAAGGUCAGACUCAAGACUUUGUCAUAAUGGUUGAAGAUACUGCUGCUGUGCAGAGCUGGAGAAGGGAUAAUUCUAUUCCACUAGCGCAGGUGCUCGAUGGAUGGAAGAUAUUUACUUCUCAUCAACAUGGAGCUGGAGGAAUUCAUAAUGAAGCUAGCAGGGCCACAAUUGAGAACGAGUUCGGCACAUCCGAUGAUAACGAAGCUAUCUUAAAAAUACUGGACCAGGGCGAAAUACAGGAGAAUAUUAAUACUGAGCGACAGGGCAUCAGGAGUGAGUCACAAGGCACACGGGGGAUGUACUAAGGGUAUAAGCCAAGGAAUCUCGGGCAAGAUAAAUACACAUUGUCAUAUACCCAGCUAGGUAGAAAUCCUGAAUGACAGUUACUUAGCUUCCAGAAACUCUUAUGUCUAUUCUUUACUACCUGACAUCUUAACCUUUCCUAUCAUAUUAUAUAAUAGAUCCCCUGAAAGCUA